GGACGAUAGACGUCAAAAAUUUUCGCCAAGUGAGAAUCAAACACGUCAGUAUUAAUAGUUUUUAAUAGCGGAUUAUGAUGAUAAUUAUCCAUUCUGCUGUAAUUUAUUAAUAACUGAGAAAGUAUAGUAUUAUUUAUUGGCGUUGGAUUGCCUUUGAAAAACAUUUUAUUGAGAGGUAUCAAUAUGUCAAGUAACGUAAAUUGUAUCCUGAAGAUCAUUACUUGUCUUCUGUUGGUGCGCGCCGGUUUUUGCAAUGUCCAGCCGCCAAUAAUCAAUCCCAGUGUAUUGAACACGGCCAAAACUCUUGGAGAAUGUCAAGCUUGUAAAUUAUUUGUGGAGUCAUUCAAAAAAGGCCUGGAUCGCACAGCUAGAGGCAAGUAUGAAGGCGGCGACACAGCAUGGGAAGAAGAGAAGUUAAAAACCUCUUACAAGCGAAGUGAGAUGCGUCUUAUCGAUAUACAAGACGGAAUAUGCAAGGACGAGAAGGACUAUUCACUCCAAUGCCACCAUAUGGCUGAAAAAGCUGAGGAAUUCAUAGAAUCAUGGUGGGCUCAAAACCCUGAUGAAUCAGAGGACCUUUUCUCUUACAUUUGUAUAGAUAACCUGAAAACCUGUUGCCCUAAACACCAUUUUGGUAGAGAGUGCACUCCAUGCCCUGGUGACCACAACAAUCUAUGCAGUGGCAAUGGUAAAUGUCGGGGAGAUGGCACUAGGAAAGGAAACGGAACAUGUUUGUGUGAUGCAGGAUAUACUGGAGAAAAUUGUGAUCAGUGCAUCUUAGGCUACUAUUUGUCUUACAAGGAUGACACCAAGAUGUUAUGCUCCCCAUGCCAUAGAGCUUGUAUGGGAGGAUGCCGGCAAGGCUCUCAGAAGGACUGCGCAGCUUGCAAGCCUGGCUUUGUAUUUGAUUCAGACGAAGGGUGCUUGGAUAUAAACGAGUGUGACAAUAUAAACCAAUGCACUAAAGACCAGUUUUGCCUGAACUCUAUUGGGUCUUUUGCUUGCCUUGAUUGCGACAAGUCGUGUAUCGGAUGCCAUGGUGAUGGACCAGAUAUGUGUCGCAAAUGUGCGAAAGGGUACUCCAAGAAAGGAGAAUUCUGUGUUGCGGAAAGAGAGGAGGAAGAUCAGAUGGAAGCAUUGACUGCAUCAAGGUACAUAACGUAUGUUGGUCUCCUGAUCGCAACGGGGAUUCUGUUACCGAAGUCUUCAUCCUUAGGUAGCCUGGUCGGGGCUAUGGUGCUAACGUAUAUUAUCGGUGCGGAGUACUACUGUAUGAUUAACGGACACGCUGGUCUGGUGAAUUUGAAGGAAUUCGACUUGGUUCAACUGUUCCGUACGUGAACCAGAUAAGGUUAAACCUGGCAUUUAACUGUUUCAGUUGGAAUUUUUAAUAAGCGGUUAGAUUAUGAUUUGGAGUGUGUGAUUUAAACUUGAUGAGUGACAUUAGUUAAAAGCUAGUAAUAGUGAUUAGUUUUGCUUGACUUCUUAUUAAUGAUAGAUAUCUACAUAAUAAAUAAUUUUUGGCUCAAGUUCAUUGUAUUCUCAACAUAAGCAUUAUUAACUUUUUUAUUUCUUCAAUAGUAUUUUUCGAGCUACUAGUAUCAGUGCAGACAUAGUACUUAGUAACUUAUUUUUUAUGAUGACCACAAAUCUCAAUAGUUUUAAUUUAUUGCUGCACAGUAGGCCAUGUAUGAAUUGUGUAAUGUGAGCCCCAUUAAUUGUAAGUGUAUUUUAAGUAGAUAAUUAAUAAUUAAUACUGAAUGUGUCAGUUUUUAAGCAAUAGAUGGAAAGUGUGUAAACCUAUUUUAAUCGUUUUCUCAUAUCGUACAUACGAAUGUCUCAUGAUCAGAGUAUGUUAUAGUUGAGUUUGCUUCUUGAAUGUAAUAAGGCUAUUGAGGUCGCCAGGCUGCGUUCCUUCUACACUCGUCCCUUUUAGUCCAGUGACGGUGUUGAGGACACUCAGCCGACUGUAUACGUAUAAAACGGUGACUUGUACUUGCAAAUAAUGUUUGCAUGCCUCAAGGUUGACAAUGAUGACUCUAGUGAGGUACACUGAACGCUUACCUUUAUAUUGAAUUUAUUCUUUAAACUGCCAUUUCAUUAACGGAAAUAACUUUUGUAAACUUUGCUUGUCAUGUUUUGUCACAAUAGCCCGAAAGCUCUUGUUCUUGAAAUUGUAAAAACGAAACUAAUGCUAUAUCUCUAAUUUUAGCAUUACAUAACUUGGAAGCAUUGCCUUUUUCAUUUGGUUGCUACUAGAAAAGUAGCUUAUUUUUCCAGUUAGUGUAGUACCAUGUUAAUUACAUGGACCAUUUAAAAUUAAGAUAAAAUAGAAACAUCUGUAAUUCAUUUAUGAUUUGCAAAAAAGACUCGUUUUUUCCAAAGCGAUAUGGGCUCAACGGCCUUAGUGUUAAAGUUCAAACUGGCGACAAGUUCACUUGCCCGUGUGGGAGUGUUUCGCGUUUUGUAAUAUUCAAAUGAAGUCACGGCUGUCGAUAUGUGCGCCUGUGCUGCUAUGGUGACCGUGACACCGUUUUAUGUCCGCGUAGUGUGCCUGGGACAUGUCUGGUGCAAGUUUUAGGAAAAGUGAUCAUUAAGGUCAUAAGUUGAGGUCUAAAUUUAGCGGAGAUGAGCUAGUUCCAUUUAAAAUCAUCAUUUCAGUAUAUCAAUUUAGUCAUUGGCUGAAUUAUUGGCUCUUAAAGUUGCUAAAGCAACUGUUAAAGUUGGUCGUAUAGUUAACAGGCAUGUAUCUAUGGGCCAAAACAGGGCCUGCCCCGGGCUAAGGGGGUGCCAAAUGGAAAAAGGGGACGCUUUCCAAAAUAAUUUCAAACGCCGGGAGGACGGGUGCCACAAUAAAAAUUUGCCCCGAAUUGAAAAAAAUUUACCUCUACAUCCGUGGCUGAUAGUUAAAUAUCUUUUAACAAUCAAAAAAUAAAAUACCACCAUGUUAUGCAGUUAUUGUAUGUUUUGUCGCUUCAGCUUAUGCCUUGCGAAAGUUCGUAUAGCGCCGCCCACAUUAUGUAACCAAACAUGCGUGUGUGUGUGUGUGUUUGUCUCAUAAACUUAUCGUUUAAGGUAUACGACAAUCACUGCUAAUGGGUCGAAGCCUGUAAUUUUUAAAUUAGUUAAGAGAGGACAGUAAAAAACGGUAUAUUAUUAGUUCCUUUAUUUUUUAAAACUUUUAUUCUGUCUGUAAUCAUGCAAAGUUUUUGUAUUUUACCUUAACUGAAGACCUAUUUUGUAAAACAAAUUUUUUAUUCAGGUUUAUCAACCUUCCUUUCUUUCCCAUUGGGAUGUUCAGAUGUGUGAGAGAGACAAGAGCUGGUUUUGUGAAAAUUGUGUAUGUUCUUGUGUUGAAUUUACGAUAGAAAAAAACUAAAUCCAGGGUAGUUUGUAAGUCAGACCUAAUUUUAUUAUUUAUUUUUGGGUAUUAGUAUUUUAAUUUUUGGACCAUACAGGUGUUUUAUUGUGUAAUGUGAUACAAUCAGCCAAUACAAUUUUACACAAGUAAAAUAAAUAUUUAUGUAAUUCCA